UUUCUUCCUACAGGUCAAUGGGAAGUAAUUGGACCAGAUAAGCCUGUGAAGGCCUUGGCUGGGAAGGAUAUAGUGUUUUCCUGCUUCCUCUCUCCUGAGACAAGUGCAGAGGAUAUGGAAGUGCGAUUCUUCAGGAGUCAGUUCUCUAACGUGGUUCAUAUCUACAAGAAAGGGAAAGACCAGAAGUAUAUGCAGAUGGCAGUUUAUCAAGGAAGAACUGAGUUAAUGAAGGACUCCAUCACCAAGGGUCAUCUCUCCUUGAGACUGAAGAAGGUCACAUCCUCAGAUGCUGGUGUAUAUGGGUGCUGGUUCAGUUCCCAGACUUAUUACCAGGAGGCCACUUGGGAACUGCAAGUGUUAGGAAUAGGCUCACCUCCUCUCAUUUCUAUUAUGGGAUAUGCUGGUGGAGAAAUACAGCUGCUCUGUCAAUCCUCAGGCUGGUUCCCAGAACCCACAGUUAAGUGGAAAGGUCCACAAGGACAAGAUUUCCCUUCAGACUCCAAAGUGAAUACCAACAAGCAGGGUAUGUUUGAUGUGGAGACUUCACUUAUAGUGCAACAAAAUGCUGAGAGCAUAUCGUGUUCCGUUCAACACAGUGACCAGAAUCAAAAGGUAGAAUCCAGCAUAUAUAUAUCAGAUAUAUUUUUCCAGUCUUCACCUUGGCGUCUGGCUUUCAUUUUAUUGCUAUUGGUUUAUAGUAUCCUGUGUGCUGGUGUCAUUGGAAAUAGGAUUUUCAACUUUAAAUUUCAGAGGACAUUCCUGGAAGAAUUGCAACUGAAAGAGGCCCAGACUCAUGCAGUGGAGGAGGCUCUGGACCUGGAUACAGCUCACCCCAAACUCCACUUUUCUGAUCAGGAAGCUGCAAUACAUUUACAUAUUCUUCAGGACACACCUGACUCAAGGGAGAAAUACGUAAUUAUAGACUGUCUUGUAGCCUUUCAGGGAUUCUCUUCAGGGAAGCAUUACUGGGAAGUUAAUGUAGAACAAGAAAAGAAGUGGUUCUUGGGAGUGUGUCAGGAUAACAUGGACAAGAAUGGAGGAACUUUGUCUACCAUAUGUGGAUACUGGGUAAUUGGACGGACCCCAGAAAAUGAAUAUUUUACAUUGAAUCCCAACAAAACCACCCUAUACCCUAAAACCAAUCCUACAAAAGUGGGUAUCUUCCUAGAUUAUGAAGGUGGGACCAUUUCCUUCUUCAACAUAAGUGAUAAGUCCCUUAUUUACACCCUUACUGAUAGAUUUGAAAACUUAUUGAAGCCCUAUAUUGCAAAUAUAGAACCCCCCAAUAUCUGUCCUGUCUCCUGGGUAUCAGAGACAGAAGCCCUUUUUCAAAGGGCCCCCAUAUCCAUAGACACAGAAGACAAAGAGCACAUCUCAUCAAUGACUACAUCCUUCCUCUUCAGGAAUGAUGAUCCAAGAGAAUCAUCACCACUUCCAUUCUUCUUUAGGCAUCUAAGGUCUCUAUCCUGGCUCCACAGUCAUGCUACAGCCAGCAAUGAUGACAUCCAGAUGAAUUAG